GGGAGCCGGAGCAUGUGCAGCUGCGGCAGGCACCUGGCAGGGAGCCGCAGCGCCGGGGAUGUGAGGCAGGCGGGGAGGAAGGCCCUUGACUCAUCAGAUAAAUCCAGCCCCGCCAGGAGAGCGAAGGCGGAGGAGGCGCGGCGCUGAGCACGCAGGGGAGGAUGGCGGGGGACAGCGAGCAGCGGCUGGAGGAGCAGGGGCAGCCCAGCGGCGGAGAGCCUUUCCUCAUCGGGGUCAGCGGCGGCACGGCCAGCGGCAAGUCCUCGGUCUGCUCCAAGAUCGUCCAGCUGCUGGGCCAGAACGAGGUGGACUACCGCCAGAAGCAGGUGGUGAUCGUGAGCCAAGACAGCUUCUACCGGGUCCUCACCUCAGAGCAGAAGUCCAAAGCGCUCAAAGGCCAGUUCAAUUUUGACCACCCAGAUGCCUUUGACAACGAGCUGAUUGUGAAAACACUCAAAGAGAUCACGGAAGGGAAGACGGUCCAGAUCCCCGUCUAUGACUUUGUCUCCCACUCCAGGAAAGAGGAGACGGUGACCGUCUACCCCGCCGACGUGGUGCUCUUCGAAGGCAUCCUGGCCUUCUACAGCCAGGAGGUGCGGGAUCUCUUCCGCAUGAAGCUCUUUGUGGACACGGAUGCAGACACGCGGCUGUCCCGCAGAGUGCUACGAGACAUCAGUGAGCGAGGCAGGGACCUCGAGCAGAUCUUGUCGCAGUACAUCACCUUUGUGAAGCCUGCCUUCGAGGAGUUCUGUUUGCCAACCAAGAAGUAUGCUGACGUGAUCAUUCCCAGAGGAGCAGAUAAUGAAGUGGCCAUCAACCUGAUCGUGCAGCACAUCCAGGACAUUCUUAACGGAGGACUCAGCAAACGCCAGAGCAACGGCUACCUGAACGGCUACACUCCUCCCCGCCAGCGGCAGCCCUCAGAGUCCAGCAGCCGGCCUCACUGACCCUGGGCGGCAGGCGUGAGGCUGGGGGUGGAGGGCGCUGGGGCCCUGCCACUGCCCCCUGUACAUACUGUCUGUUCAUUCCCCCCUUAUCUAUUUAAGAAACCAGACGGAGACGAAUGCCUUUAAUUUUGUAUGUUGGAAAUGCCGAACGAGAAGCAGCCGGCUGCUCGGGAGCCUGGACCGCCCACAGCUCCUGGCCUUGCUCAGUAACUCCUCCAGCAUGGAACCGGCUAUAAAUCUCUAUAAAUAUAGAAUUGCUCUAUUUUUGUGUAAAUGCAGAACAACGUAAAAUUACUUGCCGU